UGGACACCAGACUUCUAUUCCAUUCCCAUUCAAAGCCGGCAUGUAGAAAGAAUUCCAUGUUCUGUUUACACGCCUUCGAUUAGGGUUAGGGUUCUCCAAGAAUUCCACCGGGUUGAUCGAUUCCGUCCUCUUCUUCUCCAAUUCGCCCAUCGAUUUCACAGGGCACCCACCCGACCACCUACCAUUCAUCCGAUUCCUCUUCCGUCUCCGCUGUUUCUUGCGGAGUUCCCUAGUUCUUCUUGGUUUGAUUCGGGCGGCGAUGAUGGAGACCUCAGGCGCAAGCUCCGAUCCCUACAGAAGCCAGGCCGGUGGCGGAGGCGGUUCGUCGAGGAGGUUCCGGAUCCGGUUUUCGCCGUCCAAUUUGAUCCGGGCGCCGCUCUCGACGCUGUUGGAGUACUCCGGGAUCUUGCGGACUCGGGCGGGCCACUCGGAGGGCGAGAUCAUGGUCGGUGAGUCCAUGCGCGACCAUGGCCCUGGUCGGAUUGGGGAGUCGUCUCUCCCUGGCGUCGGUGGAAGCGGCAGCGGGGAGGUGGCUAUAAGGAUAAUUGGGGUCGGGGAUCACGAGGGUUCAAGGGUGGGGCCGAACCCGGUGCAGCCCUUGGCUGUUGGGCCAUGCCGGGAGGGGAACCCUGGUGGUGCUGGUGUAUCGAGCGAGCUGCUUGGCACUUUGCCUGAAAGGCAUGGAAGAGAUGGAGGGAGCGAUAUUGGCGUUGGGGAAAUAGGACCUUCUUCUUCUUCUUCUUUGCCGGCAUCCAUUUUGGGCGGCGGCGGUCAGAGCGCGGAUGGUGAGGUGAACAAUGCAGGUGGUAACGGCAGAGAUUCAGCAUACCAGAGAUAUGACAUACAACAGGUUGCUAGGUGGAUCGAGCAGGUACUGCCGUUCUCGUUGCUUCUAUUGGUGGUGUUCAUCAGACAGCAUCUGCAAGGUUUCUUUGUCACUAUCUGGAUUGCUGCUGUGAUGUUUAAGUCAAAUGAUAUUUUGAGAAAGCAAACUGCUUUAAAGGGAGAGCGAAAAAUAUCUGUACUUGUUGGAAUUACACUAGUUUUCAUGAUUCAUGUGUUUGGAGUCUACUGGUGGUACAGGAAUGAGGGCCUUCUGUACCCACUGGUCAUGCUUCCUCCUAAAGAAGUACCUCCAUUUUGGCAUGCCAUAUUUAUUAUCAUGGUUAAUGAUACAUUGGUGCGCCAGGCUGCUAUGGUGGUCAAGUGUGUGCUCUUGAUGUAUUACAAAAAUAGUAGGGGCCGUAAAUAUCGUAAGCAGGGUCAAAUGCUAACUCUUAUAGAGUAUUUCUUGCUGCUGUACCGUGCCUUGUUGCCGACACCUGUUUGGUACCGAUUCUUCUUAAACAAAGAAUAUGGAAGCCUCUUUUCUUCUCUGACUACAGGACUAUACCUUACCUUUAAGCUGACUUCAGUUGUGGAGAAGGUUCAAUCCUUUGUUGCUGCAUUGAAGGCACUAUCACGGAAAGAAGUACUUUAUGGCUCCUAUGCAACAAUGGAACAGGUAAUUGCUGCUGGCGAUCUGUGUGCUAUUUGCCAGGAGAAGAUGCAUGCUCCUAUCCUACUCAGCUGUAAACACAUCUUCUGCGAGGACUGCGUCUCUGAAUGGUUUGAGAGAGAAAGGACAUGCCCGUUGUGUAGAGCAUUGGUGAAACCAGCAGACCUUAGGUCAUUCGGCGAUGGUUCCACGAGCUUAUUUUUCCAGCUGUUCUGAUUUGUACAAUAGCAAAAACCUAUUUGAUGCCGAAUUAUGCUCAGGAAUUAGAAGCUAGGCCUUCGAUGUUGUACGUGCCAACCUCCUUGGUAUUCGGCCACGUGUUCUUGAGAGCCACAAAAAUUUGAUGAGGAAGCUGUUUGUCCACACUCCCGUGUCCUCCUAUCUACAUAGGGGAGGGUCCUCUGCUCGUAUUCGGAAACUCCAUGUAUUAACAUUGGUAGUGAAUGGUACAUGGAUUCAAGUUUUCUUAA